AUGAAAUUUGAAACAACAACAAAUAAUCUUUUCACAGUAGGUUUUCAACAAGAAAGGGUGAUAAUGCAUAAGGAAUCCUUCGCUAUUUGUAACUUCACUAUUUCAGGUCCAUUUGAAUAUUAUACAUCACCUGCUCUUUUGCCUAGAGAACAGCCAACUAUUCUCUUACAGUUUAGGAAUCGAUAUGAAUUUUGGAGUCGUGAAGAUAUCGUUUUACCGCAAAAAACUUUUGGACUAUCUCUGUACUUCUGGACGCUUUGCAAACUUUCGUUAGUUUUGAAAAAGGAAUGGCAAUACUCUUCUAAUCCAAAAAGCUACAAAAAUAAGCACCAUCAAAUUUUGCAUCGUCCUUCGACGUGUGAUGUAGUAAUACCGCGAGAAAGUCCUUACUUUCUGUCGGACAAUAAACAUGAUCGAAUGGGCCUGUAUAGUACUCGUGUGUUACAUCCGGUCAUCCGGUUGGUUGAAUUAGGGUUAUGGUUAACUCUUCUGCUUUAUCUCCACAUUUUCAUACCAUAUCUCCAUAGUGAAUUAUCGUCUAAAGGAGUCAAUCAGUUAACCUUUUUGAUUGAUAUUGUUUCCUCCUCAAAGUCAAGUUUCUCAUGGUAUUAUGUGUUGCCUUUAUUCGACCCUUUAGAAUUCUCCACUUUAUACUGCGUGAUUCAAUUGGUACUUCCUGUAGGUUGCCACAUUUCGAACAUCUCAGUUAUAAAUGGGACAAAAUUUGGUGUUUUAUUGACUGAAUUGAGAAAAUUUUAUGUAUUACAAGCUUUGACAGUGAUAAUAUUGCGUGUCGGAAAAACUCCGAAAGUCAUAACGCAAAAUUUCUGUCGGACCGAAAUUAAAGCAAUGAAGAAGAGAAGCAGAGAAUCAAUAAUUUCUUUAACACUGCUGCUAUUGCAUAUACGCCCAUUGCGCCUAUGUGCUCUAUUAAAGGCGGUAAUUGUAAUCGUAAAUCUGACUUUAGAGCUUUGCCGGGAUAUCUCUACUCCAGGAAGUGGAAGGUCCUAA